AAAAUGAUACUUUAUAUGAAGAAAUAAAAAAACAACUUGAAGAUAUUAAUAAAAAAUUAAAUAUUGAUACUUUAGCAACAAAUUUAGCAGAUAAAUUAAAAUCUUUAAUAAGUGGAGGUAUUAAUUAUGAAACAGUAAAAGAAAAAUAUAAAGAAGCAUUAGAAGAAACACAAGAUUUUUAA